AUGGAUCUCACGGUUCAGUCUCACCAGCUCCAGCUGAGCCAGCCUCAGCAGAAUUCGCAUACUCAUCCUCCACAGUCUCAGAUGAUGUCUCAGUUCUCGCAGCCUCACAUGCAGCAGCAGCAGCAGCAGCAGCAGCAGCAACAACAACAGCAGCAUCUUCAACAAUUACAACAACAACAACAGCAGCAGCAACAGCAGCAACAUCUUCAAAACCUACAACAACAACAACAACUACAACAACAACAACUACAACAACACCAACAGCAGCAGCAACAGCAGCAGCAACAGCAGCAGCAGCAACAGGUCGAAUCGCCCAGCGCCCAAAACGUCCUCGUCGAGGCCCGCAAGAACCUCCAGGUCCUCAUCGACUUCGGCCUCUCCAAAGACCUGCUCCAUCAAUGGGUCGACCAGAACCUCGCCCCGUCCGCCUCGCCGCCCGCCGCUGCAGCCACCCCCAUCCCGUCGCCGCUGCUGUCUCACCCGGCCUCGUCCCCCUCGCAUCAGCAUCAGCACCUGCAGUCGCCCCAGGCCUCGGUCCUCGCUCCGCCGCCGUCGGUCUCGUCCGCCGUCCUCAGCUCGCCCGUCGCGUCUCUCUCCACCUCGUCCGCGGCCACGUCGCCGAUUCCCAUCUCCAGCUCGACCACGGCGCCGUCUCCCGGAACCGGUGCGCCGCCCUCCAUCGCCAUCAUCAAGACGGAGCCGUCGUCCUUUGCCGAUGAUGUGACCCGCGCCUGGGCCGCCGUCAACGUCAAUGGCCUGCCUCCGCAACAGGCCCCUGCCGGCCAGCUCCAGCAGGUCUCUCGGAUCGCUCCCGCGGGUGCUCCUGGCGUCGUGAAGUCAGACCCUUCCGCCUUCAUCUCGCCGUCCAUGUCGUAUCUCAACCACCGGCCUCGAAUCUCCGUGUCCUCCACCAGCUCAGGAUCCUCUGGCCACGCCUCGCUGUGGUCCGUCAACUCCGCACGGUCAUCCAUGUCGUGGGCAUCGGCCUCGUCUCGAUCGCUGCCCAUGACGCCUUCUCCCUCCUCGGCCAACAAGACAAACAUCUACUGGUGCACCUCGUGUGAGACGAGUUUCAAGCGCAAGUACGACUGGAAGCGUCACGAAGACGAGUUCCACGAGCGCUGGAGGAAGUAUCCCUGCCCCGAGCCUGGCUGCAACCGCAGCUUCUGGGGCUCCAACUCGUUCAACCAGCAUCACAAGCAGUGCCACGGCUGCAAGACCUGUCCCCACGCCGAAAAGGUGGUUAGAUUCCUCCGCAAGCGCAAGUACUGGGCCUGUGGCUUCUGCUCUGCCCUGCAUCCUGCCCGCGAGCGUCACGUUGAGCAUGUGGCCCGCCAUUUCGAGUCUGGCCUGGGCAAGGCUGAAUGGAUGCACUCUCGCGUCAUCUACGGUCUGCUGCAUCAGCCGCUCAUCCACAAUGCCUGGGACGCCAUGGUGACGGGCAAGCAGGCCGAGUUUGGCGGACGCCGUCCCCAGUUCAGUUGGCAUCCCAGCAAGACGGGGCGUGCGCAGGGAUUCCUGGAGAAGGAGAAUCCGGGCCAGCUCCAGGAUCUGCUCGAGUUCUUCUCUGGCGACGAAAGCGAGGCCCAGUGGAUCGUGGGAAUUGCCUUUGACCUGUCCGACAUGGCCUUUUCAAACAACCAACCGUCACCGCAGCCGCAGUUUGCUCCCACGAGCAAUGCCAUGGUUCCUCCAUCUGGCUACCCACAACAGCAGGCAGACGCUCGCAUGUCCUUUGCUACACCAUUGCCAUCGCAGACACCGCAGCAGAUGCUCGCUUCUCCUUCUGGCGCACCAAACGCCUUCAACUCGACACCGUACCGAAAUCCCUCUGCCUUUGUUCCGUCUCAAGCAUUCCCUUCAGGACAGCAGCAGCCUUCUCACCUUGAUAAGCGCGAGCUGCCGCCUGUUCCCCAAGGUUCAAAUGCCCCCAUGACAGAGGGCAUGAUGGACUUUGAAUAUUCCGCCAAUCCCGUCAUCUUCGAAGACUGGGAGAGCAUCGCCAGCUCAACCUUUUUAGACACCUCAGCCCACCAACAGCAGCAGCAACCUGACCAAACUGCUGGCUGGGGCAUGGGUCCGUUCUAUAGCGAUCCGAAUGUCAAUUGA